UAGGCAGCAUUCAAGUUACGAGUAGCAUUAUGCAGUUGCAACGGCGAGACAGCAACAGAGCAUGUAUGAGUGAGUACGAGCUCAGUACGACCGCCGUAAUUGGCCGGGACACACAGACGGCCGGCUGUCUCCCUUCCGGUGAUCGUGGAUAGGAUGCCAGCCAGGGACCCCAGCGCAUUGACGCCCCGCCCGGCAUCGUGUCAGUGGCUGCUCCACAACACACAAGCCACGCCCCCAUGCCCCAUCUGCAGCUCAUUUAUAUAGCGGCCUUCGAGCGAGGCCGGAAUGCUCGCAGGCCAAGCAGUGCCGCACUGGUAGCGGUAGGCGGUAGCUCACCUACAACAAAUCUGCUGCAGCAGCCGGCGCCGUUGCGCUGUGCAAAAUUUACUCUGCCGCCUGCAGCGGUGCAGCAGUCUCCCCUUCCUCCUCCUCAUCUUCUUCCGUUCCUUCUCCGUCCGAUCCCUGGCGAUGGCGAUGCGGGCGGAGGUGCUGCUGCUGGCUGUGCUCGUGGCGGCCGCGGCCCUCCUGUCGUCGCUCGACUCGCGCAGCGACGUGCGGCUGCUGGAGGUAGGGGACAGCGACCUCGAGCUGGUCCCGCUCGACGGCGCCGCGGGGCCGGAGAGCGUCGUCUUCGACAGGGGCGGCGAGGGGCCGUACGCGGGCGUGUCGGACGGGAGGGUCCUCAGGUGGCGGCCGGAGGAGCGGCGGUGGGAGGAGCACUCCUGCUCGGCGCCGGAGCUGUUGGACGGCUGCAGAGGCUCGCAGGACCCGGGCCGGGAGGACGAGUGCGGGCGUCCACUGGGCCUCAAGUUCCACGACGAGACGGGGGAGCUUUACGUCGCGGACGCCUACCACGGGCUCAGAGUGGUUGGGCCGGAGGAGAACGUGUCCAGGCCGCUGCUGCCGCCGGAGUGGCAAGGCAGCCGCCCCUUCAGCUUCGCCAACGGCAUCGAGAUCGACUACGAAACCGGAGCCGUCUACUUCACCGAGACCAGCACAAGGUUUCGGAGAAGGGAGUUUCUGAACAUUGUUAUAUCCGGUGACAACACCGGUAGGUUGUUGAAAUAUGACCCCAAGAGCAAUGAAGUGGAAGUCUUGGUUGAUGGUCUAGCUUUCGCCAAUGGCUUGGCUAUGAGCACGGAUGGCAGUUACCUUCUCCUUGCAGAAACCACAACCGGCAGAAUUCUAAGGUACUGGAUCAAGACGCCAAAAGCUUCAACCCUAGAAGAAGUUGCCCGGCUGCCUUGGUUUCCGGAUAACAUCAAGAUGAGCCCUAGAGGAGGGUUCUGGGUUGGUCUCCAUGCCAAGAGAGGGAAGAUCGCCGAGUGGUCGAUCUCGUACCCUUGGCUAAGGAGAUUGAUAUUGAAGCUGCCGAUGCGGCAUGUCCAACGUGCCUCCUGGCUCUUGAAUCGGCUUGGCCGUCAGGUUAUAGCGUUGAGGUUGAAUGAGGAUGGGAAAACAAUGGAGGCAAUUAGUGUUCACGGUGCUAUUCAAAAGGUUUUCAAGUCGGUCAGCGAGGUGGAAGAAAGGGGUGGGAGCCUGUGGAUAGGCUCUGUUAUGGCGCCAUUUCUUGGAGUUUACAGGUUGUAGAAGUAUUUAAAUGGUAUGAUUGAAUAUACAUUUGCAUAUAUAUGGUAGUUGUUUAAUAGAGGAAAAUAAUAUUAUACGCGUGUAUAUGGUACCAUUUGCCCUACAAUAUAGUGAAGAUUAUUCACAA